AUCUAAACACAUUAUAUAUUAGGGUUUGUUUCCCUUUCUUUCCCCUUCUUUGAAAUUUACUUGUUAACUAAUUAAAUCUUGCAGCACUGAUCCAGCCAUGAGAAGAGGUGGGAGCUACGGCGGAGGGCAAAGUUCCUUGGGCUACCUCUUUGGUGCUGAUGAGCAGCCAAGUGCACCAACUGUAACACCACCGAUCCAGCCUCCAUAUGGUAUAGAUAUUACCCCAGAGAAGCCUCCAGCUCCGAAUAAACUAAGUUCACAGAAACAGACAGAGAAAAAUGUUACCAACAACUAUCAUAGGGCUCAAGGACAGAAUUCAGGGAACUUCAUAACUGAUCGCCCAUCAACAAAAGUUAAAUCAGUUCCUGGUGGAGAUUCAUCUUUGGGCUACCUGUUUGGAGACAAGUGAUGCUUCCUUCUUACAGGUUAAAGUGUAUUACUUGAUUGCUUCCAACAAGGGAAAUGAAGAUUCAUAACAGAUAAGUGGGUUGUAAAUAGUAGCACUUCUGCAGUUUCUAAAUAAGGGAUUCAGUUCCCAUCAGUGUUGAAUUUGCAAGGUCCUUUCUAUUAUAUUAGCAUACUAUGGUGUUUUAAUCUUUCGUAACUCUGUCAAAAAGGGACUUCAGUCAUGAAGAAAUAUAUAGGUCUAAUGUAUGGUGUUAUCAGAAGUUCAAGUUCUGGUAAAUGUGUGAAUUUUUCAUGUAUAAACUUUCAGCAAUAAUUAAUGAGGUUUGUCUUUUGUUUUCAAUACCCAAAAUUGGAAAGUCCGAUUUUGGUUUUGAGUUUCAUAUUGACAUGUAUUCCUCUUGAUAGUACUCCCCUUGCCGUGUUCCCAUCUA